CUUCUGACAGUUGCACUUGAUAGGCAGCUCCGAGUCUCAAACUUGUUUCCACACCUCAUAGAGGCCUUAACGGCUGGCUGCACUUGCAAUUUCUUCCCUCUAGUAGUGAGAGGGGUGGUACAGCGAAUGUCAGCUAACCAAGCGCUGUCAAAAUAGUCUCCCACAUUCUGAGAAGUAUGGAUGGUAGGAUAUGCAGGCCGAAAUCCUGUAGCUCUGUGUUAUCUCACAUUCAGAAUGGCUAGUGUCUUCAGUCUACGUCGCACAUUAAAGUCAAGAUAACUGCACCUUUUCCGUUGUGCUGUACAAUUAUCUAUGACACACCUUUCAGAUGCAGCAAUCAUCUCAAUUCCUGGAAAAAAUGACAGCACGAGCAGGUCCUCUCCAAAUAGGGUGCAGAACAUCAUGAGUCCUUCACAACAAGAAGAGCGCACUCAGCCCACAGAACAAACCCCCAAUACUUCCUCAGCGCACACCAAGAUCCAGUCUACAGAGGACAAAAGUUUCAGCCUGCCCGUCGCAUCUCUGCGUACCAGAGAACCCAGCAAUGGACUCAGCUACAUACCUUCAUCUGGUGGGAGUCUCCGUGAUCGAUUUAGAUUAGGAAGCGAUGCACCAUUACCUUCAGUACUUCAAGAGAUAUUCCAAGAACUUCGAUCUGUUUCCCCGUUUGGAGUCGCAGACGAUGACUUCCGAAACUCGACAUCUGUGCCACGAGAGAAUAUUGGGCAAGAUGACCUAGGGCGGCACAAAUGCGCCCAAUGUCCCACAACGAAAGCAGCUGAUCUUACACUAUUUCAUCGUUUGCCGGCGGAUUUGAAGCUCAAAGUUAUAUCGGAACUUUUUGCUCCUGAAUCGCCUUGUAUUGAGGAUAUUUUUGCAGAGUGCCACGAUCCUUGGAGCUGCAGAAAUGGUAUCCACUCCGGCAUAACCGAUGUCAGUGUGUACAAUCAACGGCUUUACGUACCUUGCCCUCUCCUCACCAGACUUGGUCCAAUAUUUCAUGAAGAAGGUCACAGAUUAUUCUUCAGAAGGAACGUCUUCGUCUUUGAUCACGAUCUUACAUACACCAACUCUUUCAAAGAUCUUGGAAAAUUAAUAAGAUGGUGGAGGAGUGGGGAGCCCUUGCGCGAUCCUAUCUCAACACGUCUACUGGAUUGGAUUGAUCGACCAGAAUGGCAAGGAGUGGGUUCAGAGCAGCAUCGGGAGCUAAUCCGCGGUGCCCAAAAUUAUAGUCCCAUCCUACUCACAUUAGGCGAAGUCGAUCAGUAUCGUUACAGCAUCCAGCAUAUUGUAAUCAAGAACAGUACGCUGGUCAGCAAUGGGCGUUUUGAGGACUGGGACAAUACUUUGAAAGUCGAUUGGAGUUCCUUACGGAACCUUAAAACUUUGUGUCUUGAUCUGCGUGCAUAUACAUCCGUACAGACACUUUUCAUGUUCAAUCCCUCCAAGCAAAAGAGACACGAGCGAAAGCUUGUCGGUGGGGUGGAGGCGAUGAAAUGUCUGAAAUUGAAGUCUUUGAUCGUAUAUGGAGCAGGCGCUGGACCAACUUGGCCAGAUUGCCCCCAUAAAGAAAUGAUGCAGCUCAUUUUUGGAAAAGCUGUGGCUGUAGAUGGGGUGCUAGAGUUUCGUGACACUAGAGAUUUGGAUUGGUAACUCUCAUUUAUUAUUAUUCCAGCUAUAUGUUACACUGUUUGAUGUUGUUUACGCAUUCUUGCGGUCUUCGAAUGCUAGACGACAGUACCUGCGAAUUUCUGAUACCCAUAGAAUAGAGCGUGUUGUGCUAUCAAUUUUCGUGCAUUGAUAAGGAAUACCAAU